CUACUCUCCACACCCCACCAUCGAGCUAGGUUUCAUUAUGGCGGUACGCAAGGACGAUGCCGAAUGGCAGGCACGUCUGGAUCGAUGGCAGGCUCGCCUUCAGUCAUUGCCAGCUAUUGCACUCCCUACAGACUAUCCUCGUCCUUCAUCCUCUCAGCUCGUUCAGGCGCUGACGUCUACGGAUCUUUCCAACCGCACUCGCUCCUCCCUCGUCCGACUCGCGUUGCAUCAUGACGAGGAGCUUCACCCUGAUGGAGACUACUCGGAUGAUGAGGACGAAGAUGGCGAAGGGACAUCGCGCCUCUCAGCUCCCACGCCGUUCCACUUUCUCUUGGCUGCCUUUGUUGUCCUCCUGCAUCGCUACACGGGAGAUACGGACAUCGUCAUUGGCACCAAUAGUCCCAAGACUGGCGAGCCGCUCAUCCUCCGCAUCCCAAUUGAGGCAGGAGACCCAUUCUGGCAGCUUGUCCGCCGGGUGCAGGCCGUAGAAGCUGAAGCCGCUUCGGAUAAUGCGCCCUACGAGGACAUCGUUGCGCGAUUGCAGUCCUCAUCCUCUUCGACUUCCAACGGCGCACCCUCUUCGCCCAUCUUCCGCGUGCGCUUCUUUGACGAGACGACUGGAUCCGCGACCAACUUCCUCCAAUCUACGGCCCUCACCACAGACUUGACCGUCUUUGUCACUGGCCCUGGUUUCAAUCUCGAUGCAUCAGCAGACGCAGACACCUCAGCGUCAGUCGAGACCUUGAAGCCAGGCGCAGCAUCAGGCACUGCUACGCCAUCACGCAGUGCUCGCGACCCUCUUUUGCCAGCUCUUUCCUUGCAUCUGUCGUACAAUGCCCUCCUCUUUUCCUCCAGCCGCACGAAGCACCUCCUCGCGCAGCUCUCCCGCAUCAUCAACGAGGUUGCUGCGCACCCGACCACAUCAGUGGGUACCAUCUCGCUGCGUACGGCAGCAGAGAAUGCUAUUCUGCCCAAUCCGAAAGAAGAUCUGGACUUCUGUGGGUUCAUGGGAAGCAUCACGAGCAUCUUUGAGCGAAACGCCAAGGCUCACCCCGAGCGACGGGCAAUUGCGGAGAGUCUGCCGGGCCCAGCAGAUGCGAUGGAGCUACCAGCGCCGGCGAGUGAGAUCAGGAGCAUCACCUACCAGGAGCUGGACCGCGCUUCAAACGUGCUGGCGCAUCACCUCAUCAGCAAUGGCGUACAGCGAGGUGAAGUUGUCACCACGUACGCAUACCGUGGGGCAGAUCUCGUCGUCUCCGUCUUGGCCACCCUCAAAGCCGGAGCAGUGUUCAGCGUCAUCGACCCUGCAUACCCUCCUGUGCGCCAGAAUAUCUACUUGCAAGUCGCCAAGCCCCGCGCAAUCGUUGUGCUCGCCAAGGCAGGCAGCCUACACGCCAAUGUGCGCAAAUGUAUCCAGGAGGAGCUCGAGGUGCGCGUUGAGGUGCCAGCGCUCGAGUUGCUUGAUGGCGGCAAGGUACGAGGAGGCAGCGCCAGCCAAGGGGGCGCAGACGUGCUGGACUCCGCACAGUCCAAGGCCUCGCAGAGCACCAACAUCUUGCUCGGCCCCGACUCACCCGCAACGCUUUCCUUCACCUCCGGUUCCACAGGAAUUCCGAAAGGCGUCUUUGGUCGUCACCACUCCCUCACCCACUUCUUCCCCUGGAUGGGUACACGCUUCAACAUCGGGUCUGGAGAUCGCUUCACCAUGUUGUCCGGCAUCGCGCACGAUCCCAUUCAACGCGACAUGUUCACCCCCCUGUUCUUCGGCGCAGAACUUCAUGUCCCCACUGCAGACGACAUUGGUACUCCAGGCAGGCUGGCAGAAUGGAUGGCUGCUACUCAAGCGACCGUUACGCACCUCACGCCUGCCAUGGGACAGCUGCUCUCCGCCCAAGCUACUGCGCUCAUUCCGUCAUUGCGCAACGCCUUCUUCGUGGGGGACGUCCUCACCAAGCGUGACUGCACACGCUUGCAGUCUCUCGCCGCCAAUGUGAGAAUAGUGAACAUGUACGGCACAACAGAGACACAGCGCGCCGUCUCCUACUUUGCGAUCCCGCCCGUGAGCGAGUCUCCUUCUUUCCUGGCUACUCAGAAGGAUAUCAUGCCUGCCGGCCAGGGCAUGAAGGAUGUGCAGCUCCUCGUCGUCAACCGCAACAAGAGAACGGAGACGUGCGCGGUCGGGGAGCAAGGCGAAAUCUACGUGCGAAGCGGUGGAUUGGCAGAGGGGUAUCUCGCAAGCCCGGAGGACAAUGCCGCAAAGUUCAUGCACAACUUCCUCGCUCCCGACCUCACUUUCGAUGACACGCUCCAAGGCAAGCCAGAGGGGCAAUUCUGGAAGGGGAUUCGCGACAGGAUGUACCGUACAGGGGAUCUAGGUCGCUACCUCCCCGACGGGACGGUGGAGUGCACAGGACGGGCGGAUGACCAGGUCAAGAUUCGCGGCUUCCGUAUCGAGUUGGGCGAGAUCGACACGCACCUCUCACGUCACCCUCACGUCAGAGAGAAUGUCACCUUGGUGCGCAGAGACAAGGAUGAGGAGAAGGUGCUUGUUUCGUACUUCGUGCCCGGUCCUGGUGCAAAGGAGCUCGAAGAGGCGAGCAGCGCCGGCGAGGGCGCACAGGAGGCAGGCGAGAGUGGACCGCUUCAGGCUAAGACGCUCGCGAAGGGCAUGCGCAAGCAUCGCAGAUUGAUAAAGGACAUGCGCGACCACCUCAAGAAGAAGCUCCCUGCUUACAGUGUGCCCACGCUGUUCGUGCCGCUGGCGAGGAUGCCACUCAAUCCCAACGGCAAGAUCGACAAGCCCGCUCUCCCCUUCCCGGAUACGGCGCUCGCCUCAGGCAGCAAGGACGGAGCAGGCUCUGUCGCUACGACCAAUGGCGCCAACGGCUCGUCCGGCACUACCUCCGGCCGUGCUCCCACCGCGACAGAGUCGCAAAUCAGCACCAUCUGGUCCACGCUGCUCCCCUCUGCACCCAAGCCUCUCCCCCUCGACGAGUCCUUCUUCGACCUCGGCGGACACUCUAUCCUUGCCACCCGUCUCGUCUUUGAACUGCGCAAAGCCUUCGUCGUCGCUCUGCCCCUCGGUGUCGUCUUCGAGGAGCCCACGGUCAGUGGCUUGGCACGACAGGUCGAGAAGAUCAGGGAGGGAGCCCUUUUGCUUCCGGAAGGAGAGAAGGAGAAAGCCGGCGACAAGCCGAAUGGGUCUGUGGCUGCGCCUCAUCCUGACGACGACUAUGCUGCCGACCUGGAGAAACUGAUCGCCCGCCUCCCGACCAAGAAGAGCGCUUCAGCUCCUUCGAGCUCCUCCGGCCCGCAGACCAUCUUCCUCACGGGUGCCACGGGCUUCCUCGGCGCCUACAUCUUGGCCGAUCUUCUCUCUUCUUCACGCAGCCCGCAUGUCAGCCGAGUCUAUGUGCACAUCCGAGCGCGCGAUGCGGCUUCUGCUCUGCAACGCUUGCGCGAGGGUGGGCAGGCAAGGGCGUGUUGGGACGAAACGUGGGUCAAGGAUGAUCGUCUGCGCGUUGUGUUGGGGGACCUCGCCUCUCCAGCCGGCAAGCUGGGCAUGAGCGACGCCGACUACACCACCGUAGCGAAGGAGGCGGACGCUGUUCUGCACAACGGAGCGAUGGUCCACUGGGUGUACCCCUACUCCAAGCUGAAGGCCGCCAAUGUGGAAAGUACGCUGCAGGCUAUCGAGCUAUGCGUUGCUGGCGAGAAGGAGAAGAGUCUCACCUUCGUCAGCUCGACCGCUGCGCUGGACACUGAGCACUAUGGCAACUUGUCAGACAAGAUCUUGGCUCAAGGGACGGAGGGCAAGCAACAGGCUGCCAAUGGCAGCACUGCCCCCGGCACUGCAUCCUCGCCCGCCAUGCGUGGCAUUCCCGAGUCAGACGACCUGCAAGGCUCCGCCUCCGGCCUCACGACCGGUUAUGGCCAGUCGAAGUGGGUCGCAGAGCGCCUGAUCAUGGCCGCCGCCUCGUCACCUGCGCUGCAGCUGCGCUCAACGAUCAUCCGCCCCUCCUACGUAGUCGGCGACUCCUCCUCGGGCACGACGAACACGGACGACUUCAUCUUCCGUCUGGUCAAGGGAUGCGUACAGCUCGGUGCUCGCCCAGACGUGCACAACAGGGUAAACAUGACGCCCGUGGACCACGUAGCGAGAAUCUGCUCGCUCGCUGCCAUUCGAGCUAGAGAAGAGAAGCAGGCAAAGGUAUGCCACGUAACAGGUCAUCCGCAGUGGCGCUACAAUGAUCUCCUCGGGGCAUUGGAGCGCUACGGUUGGGUGAGCUCCAAGGUGGAGUACGUACGCUGGCGCUCCAUGCUCGAGGAGCACGUACUCUCCUCCUCGUCUACUACUGGAGCAAGUGAGGAGGAUAAUGCCCUCUUCCCUCUGUUGCACUUUGUGCUUGACGAUCUGCCCUCGUCCACCAAGAGCCCCGAGCUGGACGAUCGCAACACUCAGGCUUUGCUGGACUCAUUUGACGAGGGGCUGGGCAACGAGGCUGUAAAGGCAGGAAUGGGUAUGAGCGAGGGACUCGUGGCCAAGUACCUUGCGUGGCUCGUGGCGGUGGGUUAUCUGCCAAAGCCGGGCAAGGCUGUGGGCGAGGUGAUUGCAGAGGGCGAGGCUGCAUUGGAUGGUGAAGAGGAUGGAGAGCGCACAGCGGCCAUUUCUGCUGAUGGGGGCGCGAAGAAGAGGACGGUCAAGGCCCUUCCGCAGUUGCAGGGCGGGGAGGUCAAGGCGAUUGGGCGUGGGUCGGCCAACUAGAGACGUGAAUCGAAACAGGAUCGUAGAGAGCUUCGACGUAGCUGUGGAUCUGAAUGUGUUCUCUCAUUGGAUGGAUACAAAUACAAGAUGAUGCUUUUGCCG